AUGGUUGGCUUCUACAUGCAGUACCUGGAGAGUCUUUGCCGCCGGCGUGGAUGGCACGACCCCAGCUACGAGUGCUACCGCGACAGCAGCGGCUACACUUGCCUGGUUCUGGUGAAUGGCCGCGAGUACCAGACGGACCUUGCAUACGAAUCCGGGAACCUGGCCCAGGAAAACGCAGCCAUGCGUGCUUUUAUGGUUUGCCGGAACUUUUCAGUCAAUGGCGGCAUGCUUGCCCGCAACGGGAUCGUCCAGGGGCUGCCUGCCGACGACAGCAGCGUUCGCAAGUCUCGGAAGAGCAGCCGGCACCACCCGUCUACAAGCCACCGCAGGUCUGGACACCACUCCAGCAGCAGUUCGACCACCUCUUUGGAGUGA